AUGGGAUAUAGUAAUGAUGGAAACAAAGAUGAUCAGUCAUCCACCUACCAGGCGUUGAAGCAGAGGGCAGUAAAGGCAGAGCUACAACUUCUGGAACUGCAGUAUUUUAUGUGUGUACAGCACUGUUUGAGACUGCAUCAGUUAGUACUGGAAGAGAAAGAAUGCUUCACCACGCAGGGUGUUCUCAGUGAAUGUGCCAGUGCUGUGGAACAUAGUUCAUCUAUGUCAUUGAUUCUUCAGGAUCUUAGGAAUAAAUAUUUGAAGAUGAAAGAUGCACUUCUAUCAGGUUGUGCUCUAGAUAGUUUUCCUCCAUUUUCAGUGGAGUUGAAAGGGAAUUUAGGCUUUACUACCUAUGUUCCUUUACAAGAAAGACGAACAACUGAACAGUUCAUAACGGGGUCUGCUUCUACACGCACUCGUGAUUUGAGUCACCAGUCACGUGCCUGUAAUGAAGGAAAAAAUACUUUUGAAAUUAUACAAGAUGGUGCUGUAAUAGGCCAUGAUACAACUGAGGACUGGUUUGAUGCUGAGGAAAAUAUAGAUCCAAAUAAGUCCAGCCGUUUUCAAGGACAGCGAUCUGGAGGGUGCUCUGAUAGAGAUAAAGAAGUUCGAAAAUUAGGAACCAUUCCUAAAACAGGCACUAAGACAGACCAGGAAGCAAAUGAGAAGUGGUUUGAUGCAGACGAAGGACAUAAGUGUGAAGGAUGCUCUGCAGGGGAUGUUCAGAUUCAAAACAUGAAGACCAUCCAUGACCCAGCAGAGGUCAAUUUCAGUGGUGUGACAGAAGAUAAACCCAAGGAGUUGCAUCAUGUUUUUCUUGGCGGACUGCCUGUGGGAGUAUCUGAAGAAGAUUUAAGAUUUCACUUUAAAAAAUUCCCAUUUUCCGAAUUAUACAUCAGUGAUGGAUCACUCAAAACCAGGUAUGCUGUUUUGGCUUUUAAAACUGCAAGAGAUGCAGAGAGAACCACUUUGGAAAUGAGUGGAAGUGAAAUUCAAGGUCAAGCUAUCAAAGCUGUCCGGAUAGUGCCUUCAGAAGAAUGUUCAUCUUGCUUCAGUUCUUUCCCAUCUAGUACCCCAGUGAUGAUAUCUGGAAGCAAGGAUGUACAAAAGAAUUGCAAGCGUAUGCAGAAGCUUUGCAAUAUGCCAACGGCAUCUGGUACAUUUGUUCCACAGAACUCUGCAAAUCUGAGUAGCUUCACCAAGGUGGUUAAAAGACUUACUGAGAUGCAUUCUCACUCAAGCAGAAAUGAGAUAUUUGAAGCAUUGUCAGAGGUGAGAUCAAAAAACAAUGGUUCCCUUAAUGGACUUCCUAUUAGUACUAUUAUUGAGAGGGCAUCAUCUCUUUUGAAAAAGGAAAUAACCAAGAAAGAAACAGACUAACAAAGUGUUAAGAAGAUAAACCACUGGAAAGGAACUAGCAAUGUGUCAUUGUGACCCCUCUUAAUUGCUGUUUUAUGUGAAAUGCUUUAUGCUUUUAUUUAAUUUUCAAUACCACAUCAGUUGAGUCUACUUCUUUGUUGAUAAACUAAAUUUUCUGUAUUGUGCUAAUGUGAUGUCAACAAGAGACCUAAAAGAAUUUACCUGGGACAGUUAUCAGAUGGACUUUAGAGUCGCUUAUUUUUUGUUUGCUUUGAAGACAUUGACAGUGUUUUUUCUUUCAGGUUGUACACUUUGCUAAUGUUUGAAGUAAAUGCUUCUUGCAAUGUCUUUUUGUUCUACUAACGUUUGUAACACAAAACAUUCUAAAUAAACAAACUUGUUGUACUGCA